CAGAUACCACUUCACCCCAGCCAACAAAGCGCAGGGUGAUACUAGGUCGCUGCGUCCGGCAACUGGUCAUCUCGACAGACUCCUCAGUCAUGCUUUCCAUGUUCAGGCUGCGGCGACUCAUCCGCCCUGGCGUCCGACCUCUACAGGCCUUCGGCUAGCCAACUACAUCCACCACUUGAUUCAUUUCGGAUCUGAUUAGCUGCUCCUCACCGCCAGCUCAUCGCUGCGCUCCCUCUUCCCUGCACCAUCUUCACGACAUCCUUCGCAAUCCUCGACAGCGCUGCUUCGCUAUCAUGGCCAAAUCAGCCUUUGCUUCUCCCUUUCGAUACCUUUCCGGCCUCUUAAGCUCGCCAAGGGCUGCUCUAUCCCGCUCUAGCAACCCGACAACCUCAGCCUCACUAGCGCAAAAAAAUGACGCUGGUUACACCCCGAGUCCUGAAAUGCGUGCAGGGUCCUAUGACUCCGUCAGUCAUGGAAAGGGCAAAAGGAAGGCUGAGGAAGAGGAUCACUCUGGGCCGAAGACUAAGAAACGUGCGAUAAGCAUGGACCGGGACGCUUUCAUACCAUACGGAAAUGACAGUGAUUUUGAUCAGAGUCCCUCCAUACCCAGCACAGGCAUAAGAACAAAGGCGGAACUGGAUCGAACCUUGAUGCCGCCCCCGGCAACCCCUCGAGACCGGACGACGCUUUUGCUCACACAGCGUGCCGACCCUAACAUGUUGCAAGACGCAAAUACGAGAAUCCAUGAUGAUGAUUCAAUAUCGUUCGUGUCGACAGCAAUGGCAAGGCAAAAACUAGAUUCACUAGAUGCCGAUACGAUGGAGGAAGCAAGACGGCAUGCGGCUGCGGUGACUCUACCUGCGAACUCCGGGCUCUGGUCUCAGGCUGAACGCGAAUUGUUUUUCCACCUUGCCUAUCGUGGCUUCGAGGCCCUUCUUCCCCAGAACUGGAUGAUCGACUUCGACACAUUACCGAUCAGUGUGUUUGUACACGAGAAUUCGGCAGAUCCACCACUCAUUCAAAACAUCCGAGACAAUCAAUUCAGGGCAAGCCAUGCUCUCCGUCGACUCUUUGAGGCUGGCCAUGACAUUCGAGAUAGAACCCACGUCAGCCCGGGAAUCUCAAGAGAAAGGAUUUUGGAGCAGUCUGUGAAAAGGUAUCUCUACUGGGCUCUGACAGAUGUCGGCCUUCGCCCAGCAUCAAAGACCAACUACCUCCCAGUCCACGUUGUCGUUGCGAGGAAGAAAGGUCGAAGUACGCUACAGACGCUGGAGGAGAUUGCGAACAAGCUACAAAGGCUUUCGCAGCGGCAUCAAAGAGCUCAGAAUAUCCAUCCAAGCAUCGAGACCUAUAGCCCAAGCUUGAGUGACACGGAUGAAACUCGAGUAGUCGACGAUGAUGCAACAUCGCCUACUCUCAUUGGUUUCGUCAUUAUCUCAUCGGUCCUCGUCGUUGUCACACUCAGUUCCUGCCCGACGUCAACUCUAGAACCCCAGAAAGAACAAACAGCGUCUCCGCUUAUCCCAGGAUCUUCGUUCCAAGGCGCCACGAGCGUCAAACCCGAUAGACUCCGCAUCAUUGCUGAAUUGGAUUUCAGCCAGAGAGAUCAAGAUGUAUGGAAUGCGCUCGGCGUGGCAAUUGUGGCGAUGCAGGUGCGCAGAGAGGCUCUUAAAGUGAAUCACGGAUUCACACACGAUGACUUGAGUGGGAUUGAUUGGGAUGUAGUGUCGGAGGCCGAUUCUAGGCUCCAGGACGAUUUCGAGGGAGGGAGUACUUUGUCAAGGUUACAGUUGGUUGAUGACGACCCCGACCUCUAACAUGUGGGUGGUAGCGGUGGAUUCAGCCUUGAAGAUGAGAUAUGUUGGAACUGGACCAGUUGGAACUCUGCGCAGGCUCCGAAGCGCUUUCCUUAAUUUGACAAGUCUUCGUCAAACAAAUCUCUUUGGUGCUCAGACGACAAGUGAAAUCAUCGUCCUGCUAUCUGUAUGUCGCCG